UCCACACGCCCCGUCGGGUAAUAGAGGCUAGGCUAGGCGCACACCCAAAAUACCCCGGCCCGGGGAUCACCAGAGCACAGCGGCACACAAGUCUGUGCAAGCGCUCACGACAGGCUCCUGAACCAGUCCGGAGCUCCACCGGUGGUCGAGCGAGGCUGCCCCAUCAUGUCCUGCAAGGGAGACUGGCGCGGCCGCUCGGAGGCGAAGGACGUCGUGCGCGAGCGGGCCUGGGCGGCCCUCGAGGCGUCGGGCGAUGCCAGAGAUGACGACGGCCCGCGCGGCCGCAUACCCGACUUUGUCGGCGCGGAAGACGCGGCGGCCGCGCUCGCGGAGACGCCCGAGUGGCAGCAAGCGCGCGUCGUGAAGUCGAACCCGGACCCGCCGCAAGCGCCCCUGCGGCGGCGGGCGCUCGAGGAGGGCAAGACCGUCUACGUGCCCGUGCCGCAGCUGACGGAAGACACGCCCUUUUUAAAGCUGGACCCGGCGGUGCUGAAGGCGAAGGGCGUCGCCUUCGCGGACGCGGCGACCGCGGCCGGCGCGGCCCGGCACGGCGAGGGCGUGCGCUUCGACCAGAUGGAGAAGUUCGACAUUGCAAUCGUGGGUUCCGUGGCCGUGGCGCGCGAGGGCGCGCGGCUAGGCAAGGGCGGCGGCUUCGCGGACCUGGAAAUGGGGAUAUUUCGGCACUACGGCUGGGUCACGCCGGGCGAAACGCCGAUCGUCACCACGGUCCACCCGACGCAGCUCGUCGACGGCGUGCUGAGCGCGGCGCUCGACGAGUGGGACGUGCCCCUCGACCUCAUCUGCUGCCCGGGCGAAGUCAUUAGGACGCAGACAGCGCUGCCGCAGCCGACGAAGACGGUCUCCUGGAGCGCCGUGCGGCCCGACCAGUUCCGGGACAUCCCCUUCCUGACCGAGCUCCGGCGCGAGAUGGAUGGCUUGUUUGCUCACGAUAACAGUUAGUUUAGAUUG